GAGGUUCUCCUCAAAUGGAAAGCCAGCCUCCAAAGCUACUCUGACGUUGCUGCUCUCGGUUCUUGGAAGCUUACCUCACCAUCUCCCAACAUGAGUACUACAGCUUCAUCAGCUAUCCCAUGCAAGUGGUUUGGUAUAACUUGCAACAAAGUCGGAAGUGUGGUUGAGAUUAGCCUUCCAGAAAUGGAGCUGAAAGGUACGCUUGACAACUUGAGCUUCUCUUCCUUUCCCAAUCUCGUCCGUCUAAAUCUCAGCACCAAUGAACUUACAGGAACCAUACCCAUGCAUGUUGGUAGCCUCUCCAAACUCACCUACCUCGAUCUCUCCUAUAAUAAUUUUUUUGGCGUUCUACCUCCCUUAAGUAAUUUAAGUUUGCACUUGUUAUGCCUUCAUCACAAUGAAAUCAGUGGUUCGAUACCUUUAGAGAUAGGGAAUAUGAAAAAUUUGUGGAAGUUAUCAAUGAGUGGGAAUAAAUUCACUGGCAUGAUACCCCCUGUCCUGGCUAAUUUAAGCAAUCUUCGCUAUCUAUACCUGCUUUCCAAUGAACUCAGUGGUCCAAUACCUUCAAAAAUUGGACAUAUGGAAAGUCUUCUUCAUUUUGAACUAUCUGGAAACAAACUUAGUGGUCCAAUCCCUCAUUCUCUGGGUAACUUAAGCAAACUAGAGAAGCUCUAUUUGACUACGAAUCAAUUAUCUGGUCCAAUACCUUCAGAAAUUGGAGAUAUGAAAAAUCUGGUUGCCUUGGGGCUCUCUCGAAACAAACUCAGUGGUCCAAUCCCUCAUUCUCUGGUUAAUUUAAGUAAACUAGAGAUUCUCCUUUUGUAUGACAAUCAAUUAUCUGGAAGCUUACCUCAACGACUAUGUCAAGGAUCAAUUCUAUCUUUUUUGGUUGCAAACAAUAGUCUCAUGGGUCCUAUUCCAGACUAUAGAAAUUGCACAUGUUUAAGGAGAGCUCGAUUUGACAGCAACCUAUUGGAAGGAAAUAUAACUGAUAGUUUUGGUGUACAUCCACAUCUUUAUUACAUUGAUGUGAGUUACAAUAGACUAUAUGGAGAGCUGUCACCAAAUUGGGGAGAAUGUAAGAAUUUGUCGGUGCUAAAGAUUUCUGGAAACAAUAUUAGUGGGAAGAUACCACAUGAGUUUGGUCAGUUAGUACGACUUGGAGUACUUGACCUUUCUUUCAACAAACUUGUUGGCGAAAUACCAAAGGAAUUCAGUGGCUUAUCCUCUUUGCUUGACCUGAAUUUAAAUGACAACCAGAUUUCAGGCUAUGUACCAGCUGAAAUCGGCAAGCUAAUCAAUUUGGAGCAACUAGACCUAUCAUCAAACAUGCUAAUUGGAUCAAUCCCACCACAGCUUGGUCAAUGCUCCAAACUGUUGUCCUUAAAUUUGAGAUGGAAUUCAUUGAAUGGAAGCAUUCCAUUUCAAAUUGGUGAUCUAGUAGCCCUACAAGAUCAAUUGGACCUUAGUCAUAACUCAAUCAGUGGACUAAUACCACCACAACUUGGAAAUUUGAUAAUGUUGGAAAUUUUGAAUCUAUCCCACAAUAUGUUCACAGGCUCCAUACCCCUUGCUCUCGAAGAGAUGGUUAGCUUAUUAUCUCUUGAUUUGUCCUAUAAUGAGUUGGAGGGUACUAUUCCUAACAGUAGGGUUUUCAAAAAUGCUUCCCCUCAAGCAUUUAGAAACAACAAAGGGUUAUGUGGUGAACUUCAAGGUCUACUUCCUUGCAAUGAAUCUCAUACAAUAAACAGACACAAAGUUAUCAUAUCCAUCAUUGCUUCUUUGAUAGGAACAAUGCUCCUUGCAUUUGCAAUUAUUGGUGUCCUCUUUCUCUUGCAAAAAAAAGUGAAAAAAGGAAAUACAGAAGUAGCAAGAAGACACAAUGGCAAUAUAUUUUCAAUAUUGAAUUUCGAUGGCAAAAUUGCUUUUGAGGAUAUUAUUCAAGCAACAGAGGAUUUUGAUUCCAAGUAUUGCAUUGGAAUUGGAACUUAUGGGAAUGUUUAUAAAGCAACGCUACCUACUGGUCAUGUAGUAGCCUUGAAGAAGUUCCAUCCAUUGGAAGGUGAGACCAUAGUUAAUGAGGAAAGCUUUGGGAAUGAGAUACGCAUGUUAACAGAAAUAAGGCAUCGAAACAUUGUCAAACUUUAUGGAUUUUGCUCUCAUCCACAAUGCAUGUUUCUUGUUUCUGAGUACAUGGAAAAAGGAAGCUUAGCACAUAUUUUGAGCAAUCAAGCAGAUGCUAUGGAGUUGGAUUGGCUGAAAAGAGUAAAUGUCAUCAAAAGUGUGGCUAAUGCAUUGUCUUACUUGCAUCAUGAUUGUAUUCCACCGAUAAUUCAUCGAGAUAUUUCAAGCAAAAAUGUAUUGCUGGACUUGGAACUUGAGGCUCGCGUAUCUGAUUUUGGCAUUGCAAGACUAUUAAAGCCAGACUCAUCUAAUUGGACGUCACUUAAAGGAACUUAUGGAUAUAUUGCUCCAGAACUUGCCUACACCAUGGCUUUAACUGAGAAGUGUGAUGUAUACAGUUUCGGAGCAGUGGCAUUAGAAACAAUUAUGGGAAGGCAUCCAAAGGAGCUCAUCUCAUCUUUUACAUCACUAGUUGGUCAAAAGAUGCUAUUAAGAGAUUUGUUAGACCCAUGCCUCACUUUUCCAUCAGAUCACAAGGUUUCAAAGGAUAUAGUUUCUAUUGUCAGAAUAGCACUUGCAUGUUUACGUAAUCAUCCACAAUCCCGACCAUCUAUGCAUCAAGUAUCAAAAGAGCUACUUGUUCUCCGACAAUCAUUUGUGGAGCAUUUUCAUGCAAUUACUCUAGGUGACCUAAAUGAUAUUGAUGUACAAUAAUUGGAUGAAUCAAUUAAUAGGGUAUCUACUAAUUA